AUGGAAACCGACGUCGAAUUCUUUUCCGAAUUAAAGAAAGCAUACCUUGGGAAUCGAGGCAUACUAAGAACGUGCUUUUCUAUGUGGCGUUAUGAUCAUUGCGAGUUUUUCCGUUUCCACAAGUACGGCAUCGAUCAGAGCGAACCGGUUCGUGUCGAUUUUCCACUAGAUGCGGAUCUCACUUACGACUUCACUCCACGUCCGAUCGAUUUCCGACCCCCUAGCGGACCGAUACCAAAAUCACAAUUCCAUGCCCAUUUCUACAAUCCCCAUUCGAAUAACCGCACAUGGAGAUCAUUCUGUCUGGACAGGAUCGCUCCUGAGUUACUUAAGAACGAGCAUCUGAAAUCUCUCCCCAAGAGAAGGCAGGUAAUUGUCCAGGACAGCAAGCGCGAGAUUUUCUGGGGCAUAUAUGCGAGAGAAAAGAGAUGCUUCGGCUGGGUCCUGACAUAUGGGGUCGUAUGCAACUUUCCUGGACUACUUUUCUUUUUCCUAUGGAUAUUUGAGUGGCAACAUGCGUCUGAUCUCCAGAACGCAUCAGUGCCUGUACAGCUAUCGCUUUCACUGACGAUCUGCUAUGCAGCCCUCUUAUACGAGAGUAGGGAGAGGCUAUGA